GGCAUCAAGAUGUAUCGUACCUCGACAACGACACCUACAAGAUGUUUAUACCAACAGCCUGGAUCCCAUUUGUGGACGCCAAUGAGGAAAACGGUUGUUUAGAGAUAGCGGAUAAAGGACAUCGAAGUGGACGAAUAGCAACGCACCAGUGUUGUUGGGGUGAUACCUAUUACACGAUCUUGGAAGAGGACGAAAUGAAGAAAACGUUAGGGAUUGACUUAGAGCGUGAUAGCCGUAUAUUGCCGGUCAAAUGUGGUGGACUCAUUCUUUUCAACAAUAUGAUUCCCCACCGGAGUUUACCGAAUGUUUCCGAAGGAAUCCGAUGGAGUGUGGAUUUCAGAUGGCAGCGAGCAAGUGACCCCGGCGGAUUAUGGGGCAUGAAAGAUGGAGUCGUUAUGAGAAAUUCUAAAGAUCCAAAUUUUAAGUUAGACUGGACGUCUUUUGAUGCAGUCAACAGACACAUCGUACAGACCGAGUAUAUAAAAGGCGGGAAAGCGGACCUGGAAGAGGAGGAGUUUGAUACAACUAUCCAAGGCCCUUGGAUGAAGAAAUGGGAGAUAGUGCACAUGAACAAACACGUUGACAGAUUCAUGGAACAAGAAAAGGCGAAGGGCAAAUCGUAAAAACUGAUGACGUAUCCAAUAAUAUAAAUAUGAUAACAACAUUAAAACUUUGAGAAAGAAUGCUUGAUUUGAAUGAUAAUAAAUAAAGCUACUUUGGUUAUUUGUAAUACAAAUAAAUAUAUAUAUUUUGGUAUUUAUUUACGUGUUGUACGUGUGUACCUACAAAUUGAGGGACUAAUGAUUAUAAAUCUUCAAAUUUGUCGGUGACGCAUGCACGAAGGCGUCAUUAAACCUGCUAGAAAUUGUGAUCAGAUAUGUUUCUAGAAAUAAGAUAUGUUUUUGGCAAUUAGAUAUGAUCUUUUUUAACAAUUAGAUAU